ACAAACGGUCUAGAGAGCGAUUUGGAAGAGUUAAAUGUUGACGACGAAGAAGAAGAGGAGGAGAAGGAGGUUGGGAUGCUGAAGCCAAAGUGGAACGGAUGUGGUGAGGGUGAACUUUUUCUUUCCCGCAAACUGCGACUCGUGCAAGCUUCUGAGAAUAUGCUUACGCAUGCCUCGAUCAGCUCCUGACCCAGCAGCUCCACAUCGCACAUGAAAUUCCAGCUCUAAGAUUGUUGCUGGAAAGUCAGACCGGAGCCCUGCAGAUCGUAGAAUUGGGGUUCGCUGUUUGUGCGGCUCAGUCUUGUAUCCGGAGAUUCAGAGUCGCUGGUUUUGGGUGGUGAUCGGAUUGGCAAGAAUUAGUUUCGAGACGCUUGCCGUUGCGAGCUCGAGGGAGGGAGGGGGAGAUGGGUGUCGCAGCGGUACCAGAGGCUGCUGCUCCUUCCACUUUGAUGAAUUCGAUAGCAGCCAAGCUUCCCCACCUCUCUGAAUCCCAUGGGAUGAUGGUGGAGCUUCUCUUGCAAGAAGGACAGGACCACCUGUUCCAGCACUGGCAACCUGGACAAAACGACAACGAUAAACUCAGAUUACUCAAGCAGGUGGAGAGGUUGAAUGAUAACUACCCCGGGGGUCUUGCUGCUUACAUUCAUAACGCAAGGAAGCUGCUUGCUGAUUCCAAGUCUGGGAAGAAUCCUUUUGAGGGCUACAUCCCCUCGGUUCCAGUCGGUCAGCAGUUAAAUUAUGGAGAUGAAGAAUUUGUGAAGUUCGAAGAGGCUGGUGUGAAGGAAGCUAAUAAUGCAGUUUUCGUGUUGGUAGCAGGGGGCCUUGGUGAGCGCCUCGGUUACAGUGGCAUAAAAAUUGCUUUGCCUUCCCAAUUAACCACGGAAACAUGCUACCUGGAUCUUUACAUCCAACACAUCUUGGCUUUCCAAGAGGCUAGUGGGAGCAGAGGUAAUGGUAUCCCUCUUGUGAUCAUGACGUCUGACGAUACUCAUCUGAAGACCCAAACGCUUUUGGAAGACAACAAAUAUUUUGGAAUGUCUCCCAACCAAGUGCAUCUCUUGAAACAGGAGAAGGUAGCAUGUCUGGCUGACAACGAUGCAAGAAUUGCUCUCGAUCCGUCUGACUCUUACGCCAUCCAGACAAAACCGCAUGGCCACGGAGACGUACAUGCUGUACUUUACAACAGUGGGCUGCUCCCGAAAUGGCAGGAGGAGGGACGUAAGUGGAUUCUAUUUUUUCAAGAUACAAAUGGCCUGCUUUUCAAGGCCAUUCCUGCAGCGUUGGGGGUUAGUUCGAUUCGAGAUUUGGACGUGAACUCACUAACAGUGCCCCGGAAAGCGAAGGAAGCCAUUGGAGGAAUUUCAAGGCUCACUCAUGAAAACGGAUCCGAAAUGGUCCUGAAUGUGGAGUACAAUCAGCUGGAUCCGUUGUUGCGUGCCUCCGGCCAUCCAGACGGUGAUGUCAAUGAUCCAGCUACUGGGUAUUCUCCAUUUCCAGGCAACAUCAAUCAGCUAGUGAUGAAGAUCGGGCCAUAUAUGAAAGAACUUUCGAGGACUAAAGGAGCCAUUGUUGAGUUUGUUAAUCCCAAAUACAAAGAUGCAACUAAGACGGCAUUCAAAUCGUCAACAAGGCUGGAAUGCAUGAUGCAAGAUUAUCCCAGGACUCUCCCACCCUCUGCGAAAGUGGGUUUUUCUGUGCUGGAUACCUGGGUGGCUUAUGCCCCCGUUAAGAACAAUCCCGAGGAUGCGGCGAAGAUACCCGAAGGAAACCCGAAGCACAGCCCUACGUCAGGAGAAAUGGCCAUCUACAAGGCUCACUGCCUAAUGCUUCGAAAAGCUGGAGCACAAAUUGAAGACCCGCAGCAGGAGGUUUUUAAUGGACAGAAGGUAGAUGUGUGGCCUCGAGUCAUCUGGAGCCCCAGGUGGGCUUUGACCUUUGCAGAUGUGUGCAAGAAACUGAGUGGGUCUCUACAUAUCUCACAGCGCUCUACUCUUAUUCUCGACGGUGCACAGAUCUUACUUGAGGACGUCUCCUUAGAUGGGACUCUUGUCCUUCAUGCUAUUCCAGAGACUGAGGCUAAGCUUUCCAAUGUCCGGGUGCGGAACAGAGGAUGGAGCUUCAAGCCUCUGGAUUACAAAGACACCACGUACCCAGAAGUCACAAGGAUCCGUGGCUUUGAGAUUGAGAAACUUGAGAAGAGCUGCAUAUCUUUUGAUCAGCCUGGUUCGUGCCUGGUGCAGAAUGUGUCAUUGUAGGGUCAUCUCUCUUAAGUAGCCUAGCAUGGUCAUUUUUUCUAUUGAUUUAGCAGAGCAUGCUUUACGUCAUACAGCCUAGCAUAUGUUCGAUUUUCAAGUAUUCAAUCGAGUGGCUUCAAAUCUUAUUCCAUGUCAUCCACAUCUUAGUUGAAAGGUUUUAGUCAGGUCCAUUUUUGUACAAAAGUUGUUUUGGAUCAAUAUCUUUGUUUCGGUUUGAAAUCAAUCUCAGAAUAAUGCGGGGACAGGUGUUGCAAGAUUCUGUA